UCUUCACGCGGAGAGGAAGCACGACGAGAGCUGACACUGCGGCGCGGCUUAGUUCGGUUCAAUUCAGCGGGCUUUACCGUCAGCUUCGUUUGGGGGAAGCGGUGAGCUCCGGACAACCUGCUCCGACGGGAGGGACACAUGGAGGAGACGGGCGGUGCGAGUGCGUACGGGGCUUCUCUCGCCGGGGGAGGCUUCGACUUCUACAAGUUCGUCCGACAGCCGCAGACCAUCGUGCGGGUCCUGAGCUGGAUAUUUGCCCUGGUGGUGUUUGCCACCAUCACAACAGAGGGAUACGUCAACUCUGUCCACAGUGCCGAGGCACAGUGCAUCUUCAACCACAACGACUCGGCGUGUCAUUACGCCAUUGGAAUCGGAGUGAUUGCCUUCCUGGCAUGUGUGGCCUUCCUGGUGCUGGACGUUUACUUGCCUUUCAUGAGCAACGCUCAGGAGAGAAGGUACGCCGUCAUGGGCGACCUGGGAUUCUCAGGGGCUUGGUGCUUCCUCUGGAUGGUUUGUUUCUGCCUGUUGGCCAGUCAGUGGGCUAAAACUCUGGAUGUCACCGGCGUGCCGCAGGACGCAGCACGAGCCACUGUGGCCUUUUCAUUCUUCUCUAUCACCACAUGGGGAAUCCUGGCGUACUUUGCAUUUAUCCGUUUCCGCCGCGGUGUGAACGAAGUAACCAUCCCGACCUACACAGAGCAGCCACCAGAUCAGCACACCCCUUACCCGCCGACCUACGCCCCCACCUCCUACAACCCCACCACCUACACCCCCACCACGUACAACUCCUAUCCCAGCAGUGUGCCCGACACGCACAGGCAGCCGCCCUUCACGCCAAACCCGCAGUCGCAGGGAAACGCCGAAUACCAGCCGCCCAAUUACUGAGACGCAGGGAGGUCACAUGGACCGGAUCAUCUGUUGGCACACUGACUGUAGUUGCACUGCACAGACUCCAAGCUGUAUCAUAUUGAUGUGGUUCUUACAUUCCACCUGUCGUACAAUUGGAGAGCCUGAGCAGUGCAACUGCAAGUUAGAGACGAGGGACAAACGUCUGUGGAUGUCAAGACGUUGUGAAGAAUGUUUUCCUCUUUACUCUCUGGGGGAACCGGAGAAUCCACAUUCGGGCGUAGAUUUCACCUUACAGAGCCGCCAUGUGCCUGACUUUCUUUGCUUAUUUGGUUCAGUGGAUGUGGGUUUUUGUAAAAUGUCGGUUAUGUACAAAUUGAGCAUUCAAGUUUCUCAGCCAUAAAAUCACCCUUGAGAAAGAUUUGCAAUCUUUUUGCCACAGUAAUGUUGCUCCUUGGUUUGCCGUCUCUUAAGACCGCUUUAAUGUCCUGCUUACAAUGGUGACAUGAGAAAACACAGAACCCCCGUUUCUUCGAGUCUGAUCCUUACGAUAUAACAAACUUAUGUGUGCCAACCUGUGGAGGCGUUAAUUGGUUAACAGUUCAUACUUAGUGUUGCCCUUUUAAACUAUUAGCCAACUUUCAGAUGAACAGGAGGAAGGACAAUGUAUAAAACCACUUAUUGAACAGGUUUGUCCACCUAUCAGAAAGAAUCCUCCCCCUUACGGCUGCAAACAGAGCGGUCACACACAUCCUGCGAGGUUUAGUUUACAGGGUUCUUAAGAUGAGCGGUUUAAAGCGGACAGCGGUGGAUGUGUCUUUACCAAAUUCAGAUUAACAUCUCAGCCUGCAGCACCUUUCAUCAGAGUACAGGUUUACUUGUUGCCCUUAAAUCAUGACCCAAGGUCCCAGUGGAUUUUUAUUAACAGACUUGAUCUGCACAUGACAUACCGGGAUUGUGUGUAUAUGUCAUGAUGCUAUUGUAACAAAUCAAAUACAUUUGUACAACAGGAAAUACAUGCUUAAUGAAAAUUACAUGCACUUUGGGGAGCCAAUCUAUGAAAAACACAUGAUUUGUCAUUGGUGCCUUCAGAAGAAAUGUAACAUUAAAGGGUUUUUGUGAAAGAAAAA